AUGACUAGCAGUUUCUCAUGGGUACUCAUGAUAUUCUUGAGAAAUAUCGUAGUGGAGACAGCUGCUCAUAAAUUGCCUCAGGGUUUUAGAUAUGCCUCAUAUGAGGUGACAAUCCCAAGGAAACUGACACCCAGGUUUGGAACGCAAGAACCAUGGGAUACCAGCUAUCUGCUGCAGCUUCGGGAGAAAAGGUAUAUACUACACCUUGAGCGGAAGAGUGGCUUUGUCCCUGAACAAUUCCCUAUCUUCACCUACAGCAAGGAAGGGCACCUCCAAGUGGACUAUCCAUUCAUCAGAGAUGACUGUUUUUACCAUGGCUUUGUACAAGGCAAGCCCUCAGAUAUUGUCACCAUCAGUACUUGCCUAGGGGGACUCAGUGGACUCUUGAGAUUAGAAAAUGAGACUUAUGAAAUUGAACCUGUUGAGACAUCUGCUACUUUUCAGCAUGUGGUGUUUCAGUUGGAACAAAGGGAAGACACAGUUCUCAUGAGAUGUGGGCUAACAGAGCAAGGGCAAAGUCUUCAAAACUCCAUGGUCCAGAAGGCAGAACAUGUAGUAGCCGAGAAUGUUCCUUCUGAAAGAGACAAAUGGACUCACAUCAGGUUUGCAAAGCUUGCAAUGGUAGUUGAACAUGAAAGAUAUGUGAAAUUUGGCAGAAAUGAAACUCUUAUUGCUGUACAAGUUCUGAAUAUUGUCCAUACCACAAAUUCAAUGUAUAAGCCACUUUCUCUUCAGUUGUCUGUAGUAGGUCUGGAGAUCUGGUCAGAAAAGAACCUCAUAGAAAUUUCUGAGAGCCUAGAAGACACGCUUUCGUUUUUCAAUACAUGGAGAACAAAUUCAUUGCUCAAACGUCUAAACAAUGAUGCUAGUAACUUAUUUGUGUAUAAGAGUUUCGGAAGUGCACUUGGAUUAGCAUAUGUAGGAGGAAUUUGUGAUAACCGUUAUGGAUCUGCUGUUGAAUCAUAUAGGACUUCCAGUUUGUUCCAUAUUUCUAACACAUUUGCCCAUGAACUAGGACAUGUUCUUGGCAUGAGGCAUGAUGGACAAUACUGCCAUUGUGGUACAAAAGCAUGCAUUAUGGCUGCAUUUCAGGCAAACAUUGAUAAAUUUAGCAAUUGCAGUUACCAGCAGUAUUUUGUAAAGAGGAACACACCUUGUUUGUUAGUUCCACCAGAUCCUGAUAAAAUUUAUCAGUUAAAAUACUGUGGCAACCAAGUAGUGGAAAAUGGAGAGCAAUGUGACUGUGGUUCAAAAACUCAGUGUGAGUCAGACCUAUGUUGUCAGUCAAAUUGUAUGUUGCGUCCAGGUGCUGUAUGUGAUACUGGACAGUGCUGUGAGAACUGUCAGUAUCGUUCAGCUCAGUUCAUUUGCAGAAAGAAGACUGGCAACUGUGAUCUUCCUGAGUACUGCAACGGGACUUCAGGGUGGUGUCCUGAAGAUGUUCACGUACAGGAUGGUGCCCCAUGCAGUGACGGUGCGCACUGCUAUCACGGGAAGUGUACUACUCUCAGUGGGCAGUGCAAAAUGAUCUUUGGUGGCAAAGCAACUGUUGGUUCGGAAGCUUGCUUCAGAGAGGUGAACACUCAAGGUGAUCGCUUUGGCAACUGUGGCCGUAAACACGGAACUUAUAGCAAGUGUCACAUGAAGAAUAUCCUGUGUGGCCGAAUCCAGUGUGAAAAUGUGCAUAGCAUUCCUUCUUUGGAGGAACACAAUACUGUAGUUCAAACAGCCAUUGACAACAAGCAAUGCUGGGGUAUUGACUAUCACAGUGGGGUGGAGAUAGCUGACAUUGGAGCAGUGAAGGAUGGGACUCCUUGUGGCACUGACAUGAUGUGCAUUCAUGGACGAUGCAAGAAUGUGUCCUUCUUGAAGUAUGAUUGUGAUGUCACAAAGUGCCAUAAUCGGGGAAUAUGCAACUCCCAGAAACAUUGCCACUGUGAUUAUGGCUGGGCACCUCCAGACUGCCUAAGCAAAGGCUACGGUGGCAGCAUCGACAGUGGGCCCCCUCCACCACAGAAGCGUCGCACGACUUUUUUCAGAGGAGCUAUUAUUGCAGACCAUCUCUCUCCUCAUUUGAGUGUGUGGCAGGCAGUUACAUCGGACAACGAGGUGCUGUCUAACAUCCAGGGAGGUUACAAGGAUCAAAUUUGA